ACAUGAUAGAUCGCUAAAGAGGAAAUUCCAUACGACGUCCCGAUUCUUGUCACCGUUUCCGGAAAGACCGUUAAGCCCGACAACUCCAUAGUUGGCAAAAUUUUGACCCUCUGCUGCAACGUAGCGGAUAUAAUGUAUAAUUCGUUUAUUCCCCACCGAAGGAUUAGAUUUUGAACUAAAUGCUACAUAACAUAAUAGAAAGUUCAGCCGUGCCGGAGGAGUUAUGCGGACUUUGACGGGUAGAACGACUUUAAGCUUACAUAUGAUUUCAUGAUGCAUCUCGGGUUGACACUUGAUGGUGGUAGUUGGGGAUGGGAGCGUAACACAAUGGCAUCUAGUAGUGAUAGAUAAAUAGGACACACAUCACCAAGACGACGUUGAUGAAUAGACAAUGACUCAAACAAGUUGAGAAUACUCACUGAAGAAACAAUAUCUUACCUAACAAUCCCCUUACCUACCAUAACAGCUACAAUGGCCAGAUACAAUAAGCUCGCUGGCAAGCACGUGCUUGUCAUCGGUGGUUCUCAAGGCAUCGGUCGUGGAGUCGUGGAUGGGGCCAUCGAGGCCCAAGCCGUCGUAACCCUCGUCGGUUCUUACAGACCAAACCUCCCACCCACAGCACCGCAAAGCGCCCAAAAAGCCAUAGCCCAAAUCAAAGCCUUGUACCCCUCCUCCUCCGUCAUCGGCCUCUCCUGCGACCUAGCAACCGACAACGUAGAAGCGGACCUCGAAAACAUCUUCGUGGAAGCCAAAAAAGCGCACGGCCAACCCGUCGACCACGUCGUGCUCACGGCAGGUGACCCCUUAGUCAUGCUCGCGCCGAAAGACAUAACGCUCGAGAAAAUCCGCCAAGUCGCACGCAUGCGGCUCGAGCUCCCGACGAUCCUCGGAAAAGUAGCGGAGCGCCACCUAGAGAAAUCGAGGGAAUGCAGCGUGACGAUCAGCACGGGCGGGAUCGCAGAGCAGCCGAACCCGGGGUGGAGCGUGACGGCGUUCAUGGCCGCGGGGCUGACGGGGCUCGCGCGGAACCUGGCGGUGGAUCUUAAGCCGAUUCGAGUUAAUGCGGUAGAGCCGGGGCCGGUUGACACGGGGCUCUGGGAGGCAAUUGGGCUUACCCCCGCGCAGAAGGCGGAGCAGAUGAAGAUGUGGGAUGGGAAGCUGCCGACGGGAAAGGUGGGCGAUGUGGUGGAUGUGGCGGAGGCGUAUUUGUAUCUUAUGCGUGAUCGCAAUGCGACGGGGGAGAUUGUGAAGACUAGGGGAGGGGCGCAUUUGAUUUAGGGUUGGGUGAGGUUUAGGUGAUAUUUAGGUGAAAGGUUUCGAGGGGUGGGUGAAGGAAGAGAAGGCAUAGGGAAUAGGUACUAGGUAUCUUUGGAUUUCAAACGCUCAUUUGAAACUCAUUCAUCUGCCUCUUGAAAGGCUAGAUGAAAGUAGGUAGGUAGUUAUAAGCCGAAAAGCGACGGGUGUGAUUCUUUCCUGUUGUAAAAGGAAUUUUCAUGACCUCCCGUUCGCUUUAGACUUUAUUAGUAAAUAUCCAAAUCCAAAAUGAACAAAUCUUGUUGAAAGGAAAGAACGACGUGAAAAGAACUCUAGCGCAAAAAUCAAACCAUAGUUGUUUGAAAGAUAAACGUGAAGACAGGAAGAAC